AUGCUCAGCCUGCUACGGAUAACCCGCUUCGAACCGACGGUUGCUCAGUUAAAGCCGUUUCCAUCGUUAUCGUUACCAUGGCGAACACUGUCGAAAGCAAUCGAUCACAGCCGUGUGCCGGUGCUGCGCGAGGAAGAGCUAGAGGAAACGUUUGUCCGUGGCAGUGGCCCCGGUGGACAGGCCGUGGCAAAGACCAACAAUAAGGUUGUCCUGACACACAAACCGACCGGCAUCGUAGUGCAGUGCCAUGCGACACGGUCACUGUUUGAAAAUCGCCGAGAGGCACGGAAGAUGCUGGUCGGGAAGCUGGACCAGCUGUACAAUGGGGACCAAUCGGUGGAAGCACAGCUAGCAAGAAUAGAAGCAAAAAAGCAAACCGAAACGGCCAGACGGAAGCAAAAGCUGCAGGCAAAGAAAAAAGCUUGGAAGGAGCGUGAAUUUGGUGAUGAGUUCGGAAAGGAUUAA